AGCCGCGCCGCGAGCGCCCCGGGGAGUUCCCUGCCUCGCAAGUGCCCGCAGCCCAGGUGAGCCGAGCCGGAGCAGGGAGCGGCUGCCUCCUGCCCCGGCGGCGGUGGCUGGGCGCCGGGAGAAGAUGGCUGACAGCACCGCGACCACGGGCUCCUGGUGGAAAGCGCUGACCAGAAGCAGGAAAAAAGCCAAAGAGGGGCUGGUGGCCGGAGCGCCGCCGCCCCCGGCUGAGCCCGCCCUCCCGCCGGCGCCCCCCGGCCCGGACUCUCGGGAGAACCAGCAGCCCAACUUCAGCAGCAGCGAGCCCAAAUUGGGCGAGAAGCCUGGCGCCGGCGGCAACCGCAGGAACCUGAAGAUCUCCCACUCCGGCCGCUUCAAGGAGAAGCACAAGGUGCGAGCCCCUCUGCUGGCCGAGAGCCCCAAGCUGUUCGAGGGCAGCGCGCCCAGCCACGCCAGCGAGGAGAGGCAAUAGCUGAGGCUGCGUGCUGCAGUCCAGCCUCCGUCUGACCGAGCCUGGCCCCUGCAGCCAGUCCCCCAGAUCUCGCUCUUCCACCACCCACGGAGUCACGGCUCCUUGUGGGCUAGAGGAGGAGACACCUGCUGCUUUGGAAACGCCUUGGGUGCCCCUGGUCGCUAGGAGGAGGCCAUCUCUCCCCGGGGGGCGCGGUGACCCCGCUGUAACCAGGCCAGGGACGAGCCUAUUCUCUCGUUCGGAUUCCGAAUUUUGGAAACAAAAAUAAUCCCAGCGCCCUGUGUCUCUGUUCCUGGCUGCUGCACUUUGGACUGGACUAUCACCCUCGCUGGCUGGAGUUGACAAGUGCUGCCCUGCUGCUUAUUUUAGGGGGUAGAGCGGGAUACCUUUCUUGAUCAAAAAUAUCUCGAGCAAAUGGGGAUGAGUUUUAAUAAUGAAAUAAAGGUGAAGUGUAAAUGCA